UACCCAGGAGAACUCUUUUCACGUUAUUGCUUCCUUAUCGAAUUAAAAUGCGUAAAGUCAUAGAAAUAUAGCUAUAAUUCAUUUGAAAAUCCAUAAUUUCAUUCAGUCCAAUAUUUUUCGUCCCAUAUUGCUACAGAAAGAAUUGAGAAAAAUAAAGAAAAACACGGAGAGCUCUUUAGUGUGGAGGUAUAAAACUUAUUAAAGAUGACAGCCUCCUGGUGCAAAUUGAAAACAAAUUAUUUAAAGUUCGGAAUCAAGCUGUUUAAGCUACCUUGCCACCGAAAUAAUUUGAUUUUUAAUUCGGACAUACGUUUAAGAGCAUUAUGCUCAAUUUGUAACCAGAAUCAUAUUCAAUAUUUUAAAACUGUAGAUAGACGAAAAAUACUCUUUUUGAGGCAAUCAUCAUCUUCUGUCAAACAGGAUGUUCCCAAAAAGAUUACUCACUUUGAACACACAGAAAAGGAUGAAUAUAAGAAAUAUUUUUACGAUGGUGCCACUGCAACUGGAAUCAAGAAAGAUGUGACUGGACCAUUACCCCCAGCUUAUAGUCCUAGUUAUGUGGAAGCUGCUUGGUACAGUUGGUGGGUCAAACAAGGUUAUUUUUCUCCAGAGUACCAGAGGGAACAAGUGAAAGAUUGUAAAGACAGGAAAGAGAAGUUUGUUGUUUGUUUACCACCACCAAAUGUGACAGGCUCUUUACAUCUUGGUCAUGCUCUGACCAACUCCAUUCAGGAUGCUAUUGUUAGAUGGAAAAGAAUGCAUGGGAUAGAAACAGUAUGGAUUCCAGGAUGUGACCAUGCUGGCAUUGCUACACAAGUUGUAGUAGAGAAACAGUUAAUCAGAAACAAGAAUAAAACAAGAUUUGAUGUUGGCAGAGAUAAGUUUCUGGAAGAAGUCUGGAAAUGGAAGAAUGAGAAAGGUGAAAGAAUAUAUGAACAGAUGAAGUUAUUGGGAUCAUCACUAGACUGGAAUAGAGCUUGUUUUACAAUGGACAAGAAACUAUCUGAAGCUGUUGUGGAAAGUUUUGUAAGACUGCAUGAUGAAGGUUUAAUCUAUAGAAGUAACAGACUGGUGAAUUGGUCUUGUGCUCUACAGUCAACAAUAUCUGAUAUAGAGGUAGAUAAUGUUCCAAUUGAAGGGAAAACACUUCUAACAGUUCCAGGUUAUGAUACUAAAAUAGAAUUUGGAAUUCUUACAUCGUUUGCUUAUCCCAUAGAAGGUGGAGGUGAGAUAGUUGUAUCUACAACUCGUCUAGAAACAAUGCUUGGUGAUGUUGCAAUAGCAGUGCAUCCCAAUGACAGCAGAUAUAAACAUUUACAUGGGAAAUAUGUGAUACAUCCCAUCCAUGGUGACAGAUUACCCAUCAUCUGUGAUGAUUUUGUAGAUACAGAGUUUGGAACAGGUGCUGUAAAGAUAACACCAGCUCAUGACUACACAGAUUUUGAAGUUGGUCAGCGUCACAGUUUGACAUUUAAGACAGUUAUAAAUAACAAUGGAAGAAUGGAAAACUCUGGGAAUCAGUUUAAUGGCGUAAAACGGUUUGAUUGCAGAAAAAAACUUAGUAAUCUUUUAGCUGAAAAGGGUCUUCUGAGAGGAUCAGAAAAUCAUUCUAUGUCUAUUCCAGUAUGCAGUCGAUCCCAAGAUGUAAUAGAACCUAUAUUGAUGGACCAGUGGUAUGUCAAAUGUGAUGAGAUGGCAAAGAAAGCUGUACAGGUUGUUCAGAACAAAGAACUGAAAUUUAUACCAACAACGUAUGAAAAUAUCUGGUAUGAUUACCUCGAGAACGCAAGAGAUUGGUGUAUUUCCCGACAAUUGUGGUGGGGUCAUAGAAUACCAGCAUAUAAAGCAACACUUAUUAACCAGAAAGAUACAGAAAGUGAUUGGAUUAUUGCAAGGAAUGAAUCUGAGGCCAUGUCAAAAGCUGUUAAAAUUCUUGGAACUUCUGCAGAAAAUAUUCAACUCAAACAAGAUGAAGAUGUGUUAGAUACAUGGUUUUCUUCAGGGAUUUUUCCUUUCUCUGUCCAUGGAUGGCCAUCUGAGACAGCUGAUUUUCAAAAAUACUAUCCUACAAGUCUUUUGGAAACAGGAAGUGACAUAAUAUUUUUCUGGGUUGCAAGAAUGGUCAUGAUGGGUCUGAAACUGACAAAUCAGCUUCCAUUCAAUGAGGUUCUUUUGCAUGGUUUAUUGAGAGAUUCUCAUGGGAGGAAGAUGAGUAAAUCCCUUGGAAAUGUUAUAGAUCCUAUAGAUGUAAUUAACGGAAUAUCACUACAGGACCUUCAAAAAAAGUUAGAUAUUAGUGGUCUGGACAAAAAUGAGAUCAAAAUUGCAAAGGCAGCCCAAAUUAAGGAAUUUCCAAUGGGUAUCUCUGAAGCUGGUGCAGAUGCCUUAAGGUUCAACUUGUGUUCUUUUGAUUUUAAAACUCAGGAAAUAAACAUGAAUAUCACACAUGUGAAGAGUAACAGACAUUUCUGUAAUAAGAUAUGGCAGGCAUUUAAAUUUGUACAAACCCAUCUGGGAAAUGAUUACAAACCGGUGGAGUUAUGUACUACAAGUGAUGAAAUUGACCAAUGGAUUUUGAGUCGUCUCAAUCACAUGGUUGAGUCAUGUGAUACUCAUUUUAAAACAUAUGAUCUGCAAAACGUGACAAGAGCAUUACAUGGAUUUUGGUUGAAUGAUUUUUGUGAUGUUUAUUUAGAAUGUAUAAAACCAGUAUUUUCUAAUUCAUCUCUGGAUACUAAUCCUACAAAACAGACAUUAUAUACAUGUGUUGAUACAUUUCUGCGAGCUGCCAGUCCAUUUAUGCCUUUCCUGACAGAAGAGUUAUACCAGAGAUUACAUAUAUGUAAUGAUAAUGGAGCAGAGAGUGUUUGUAUUGCUCCUUAUCCAACUACUGAAGAGAUAUCACAGAGAAGACAAGAUAUUGAAGAAGUGAUGGAUGUCAUAAAAUCUGUUGGAUCAAAUGUUUUAUCUGUGUCAAAUGAAUUCAAUAUAAAAGUAAAGAAAAUGAAUGUUAUUGUUUUGGUUGAUAAUGAUGAGCUUCUACAGAAAUUAAAGUCUGACAACUUUCAUAGAGCAUUAAAGGUUAUUUCAAAAACUAGUGCAAUAAUGGUGACAAACAAAAGAGAAGCAUUACCCGAUGGCUGUAAUAUUACAAACAUAAAUAAUGAUGUACAAGUACACUGCCAGUUAAAGGACAUAAUAGACCCAGCUGUAGAGGUUUCAAAACUAAAGGAAAAAAUAAAGAAAGUUGAAAUGAAAAUAGAAAAGUUAGCAAAGAGCAAAAGCAAUAGAAAACAUGAAACUUCUGUCAAAGUUAGGGAUCAAAAGACAGAGGAACUACAACAACAGAUAAAAACAAUUCUGAGUAGGAUAAAGCAAAUUGAGGAUAUGUAACAAAAAAGUUAUUAGACUUAUGGUAUCAUUUUUUUUUCAAU